CCAACACCUGCUGCACAUAAAACACAGACACCAAUCAAUCAUUAUUAUUAUUAUUAUUAUUAUUAUUCAGUCUACAAACCCCAAACCAAAAAAUCAAGAUCAUGGGGUUACAAAUCAUUCAUCCCAACACUUGCAUCAGAGGCUGCUGCACCAGCGAUUCAAUCCCUCUGCAUCUUCCCCCUUCUUCCUACACAAUCUUGCUCCCAAUUGCCAGAGGAGCCGAGAGUGUUGUUUAUGAUGCAACUUUGGACGGCAAACGGGUUGCUGUUAAAAAGCCAGUUUUAUCCACCUCUGAAGAUAUCAAUAAGUUUCAUAAAGAAUUGCAGUUGUUAUGCAAGUUGGAUCAUGAAGGAAUUGCAACGUUGGUGGCGGCACAUGCGAGGCCGCCAAACUACAUGUUUUUUUUCGAGUUCUAUGAGUUUGGAAAUCUUUCGCACAAGUUACAUGUUGAGCAGUGGAGUCCAAGUGUUGAUCAAGCACUUAUGAUCACUAAACAGCUAGCAAAUGCUUUGCAGUAUCUUCAUAACAUUGGAAUUGUGCAUAGAGAUGUGAAGCCAGCCAACGUUCUUCUUGACAAAAGCAUGAGGCCACAUCUUGCAGAUUUCGGUUUGUCUGAAUACAAAUACGAUCUUCAAAAAGUCACACUGGAGAACUGGAGAUCAUCAGGCAAGCCAACGGGUGGUUUUCAUAAGAAGAAUAUGGUAGGUACUAUUAUCUACAUGGCACCUGAAGUAUUGAGGAAAGAAAUUCAUACUGAAAAAUCAGACGUAUACAGUUUUGGAAUUACUAUCAAUGAACUUUUCACAGGUGUUGUCCCAUAUACCGAUCUUCGCACUGAAGCACAGGCUCACACCGUGCUGGAAAUGAACUAUACUGAGCAGCAACUUACGGCAGCCGUUGUGUCUGAACAACUCAGACCUGCUCUUGCCGGAACCGAAUCCGGUGCUCCACCAAGAUUACUGUCACUGAUUCAAAGAUGCUGGGAUGCCAACACCGACAAUCGACCUUCAUUUGACGAUAUAGUCACAGAGCUUGAUCUGAUAUCUGAAAAUAACAAGAGCUUCACAUUGGAAGAGAAUGACGUCGUUGAAUCAACCGAUGACAGCACUAAAAUGGUUCAACCCUUUAAAGAGAAUGUAAACUGGUUUUCUCAGGGUGAGAAUAUAUCGAAGACUGUUUGUCAAAGUGGUUUUGAUGUGAAAAGUUGGAGUAAUUAUUUGAAAAAUUCUUCACUGUACGUUCCGGUUUUAUCUUGGGGUUCUUUUGCUACGUGUGGAAGAAGGGAGACUAUGGAGGAUACACAUUUUCUUAUGCCUCGUUUGUGGAAUGAAAAUGAUAUUCAUAUGUUUGGAAUCUUUGACGGUCAUCGAGGUGCUGCAGCGGCAGAAUUUUCUGUUCGAGCUCUACCACGACUAUUGCAAACUCUGGAUUGCACCAGCAGUCCCACAGAUGCACUCAAAGAAGCAUUCAUCAACACAGACGUCGCAUUCAGAAAGGAAUUACAUAAUCAGCGUAAAUCUAAGGCGUUUAUCCAGAAAGAUUAUCAUCCUGGUUGUACAGCAAUUACCGCUCUUAUAGUUCAAAAUAGGCUUUAUGUUGCUAAUGCUGGCGAUUGCAGGGCGAUCAUAUGUCGGGCAGGUUGCCCGUAUCCUCUUAGUAAGGACCAUGUUGCAAGUUGUCUUGAUGAGAAAGAACGCGUUACCGGUCUUGGUGGUCAAGUCAAAUGGCAGUUUGAUACGUGGAGGGUUGGUCCUGCUGCCCUACAGGUCACACGUUCUAUCGGUGAUGAUGAUCUGAAGCCGUGGGUAACUGCAGAACCAGAAGUUACCGAGACUGUACUUUCGGAUGAUGAUGAGUAUCUGGUGAUGGCUAGUGAUGGACUAUGGGACGUUGUAAGCAAUCUUGAAGUUGUUAACAUAAUCAAGGACACGGUGAAAGAGCCACGAAUGUGCUCCAAGAGAUUGGCAACGGAGGCUGCUGAGCGUGGCAGUAACGAUAAUAUAACAGUAAUUGUUGUGUUUCUUCGGCCCGUUUCAACUGCAGAGAGAAUUUACUAACACCAAGUUUUAAUGUUUUUUGCACUGUGCAAACAUUUAUUCUAUUGUUAUAAGCGUGGAAAUUAUUAUGAAUUGUUUUUCAUUCUCCACGCUUGUACAUGUAAACAAUUUCUACUUGUAAAUUUAUGUUGGGACUCGACGUUGUGGUUUUUAAUCAAUUUGAGGUCUUAUGACCAGCUUUCACCACA